UGAGAGUUUCAGCUAUUAAGAAAAGGACCGAAUUUUGACGUGCAAUGAUCCAACGCUGCUUUAUUUAUAGCAGCAAAGCAAUUUCCAGGAACCUUCUCAAUCUAUGAAAACACGCCCUUUCUUUCUCUUCUUAUAUUCCUCAGUCGCACUCAAGCAAGGUACAUUAUUAUUUCUCCAAAUGUAAGUUUCUCUCGACUCCACUUUAAUAUACCUCAAGGUUUCAUGCUAUAUAAGAGCACUGUAUACUGGAAGGAGGGAACCGUUCUUGAUUGACCAUUAUUCUCUUUCUAGAAAUUAAAGAGAAGUUGAAGUUUCGAGCAUACCAUAAGGGCAGAAGCUGAAAAUGACGAUUGUCAAUCAAGAAAAAUACUUAAGGUUUGAGGACUGCAAGUCAGAAGAUAAUAGGCUGUUUUCAGGCAGAAAAUCAUCAACCAGCUCAUGGAUGAGUACUAUUAGAAGAGGAUUUUCCAAUAGAAUAAGUAGUUUAAAAAGAAAAUCGCUGCACAUCCCUUCUCUAAGUGGCAGGCCAAAAGAAGUAUCUGCAGGAUCAUCAAGAAAUAAAGUUCUUGAUCCUCAGGAGCCUUUUCUUCAAUUCUGGAACAAAAUAUUUGUCUUGGCUUGUAUAGUUUCAGUGGCCAUUGAUCCAUUGUUCUUCUACAUUUCUGUCGUUGAUAUCAAGAGGAAAUGCCUUGAUUUGGACCACUCAUUAAAGAUCCCUAUUUCUGUUCUUCGAUCAGUCACCGAUCUUUUCUAUAUAUAUCAUAUUAUCUUGCAAUUUCGAACUGGCUUUAUUGCUCCUUCUUCUCGAGUAUUUGGUAGGGGUGAGUUGAUUGAGGACUCUUCCCUUAUAGCCAAGCGAUACAUCCCUUAUUUCAUCAUUGACAUUCUAGCUGUUCUUCCACUUCCACAGCUCGUGCUCUUUAUCAACGCUCCUAACGCGAAUCGUGCCAUAUCUCUGGUGAUGAAAAAACAGUUGGUGAUUGUUGUUUUCACACAAUAUGUUCCAAGAAUCUUUAGGAUAUUUCCGUUAUACAAAGAAGUAACAAGGACAACAGGUUUUUUUACUGAAACGGCAUGGGCUGGAGCUGCUUUCAACUUAUUCCUAUUCAUGAUCGCCAGUAAUGUAGUUGGAGCCCUGUGGUAUUUGAUCACAGUGGAAAGACAAGACAACUGCUGGAGCCAAGUAUGUAAGGGUUUUGAAGAAUGUGUGUUAGACCACUUAUGUUGCGGGCAACAAGGGAAAAAUGCUCAAUUUCUUAAUUCUUCUUGUCGUCUCCUGAAACCGGAAGAAAUACAAGAGAAUGACUUUGAUUUUGGGAUAUUUCGUGAUGCUCUUCAGUCUCGAGUUGUACAAAGAAGAAACUUCUGGUCCAAACUCAGCUAUUGCUUCUGGUGGGGGCUGCGAAAUUUAAGUUCUCUAGGCCAAGGCCUUAACACAAGCGACUUUCUAGGGGAGAUUCUCUUUGCGGUCUUCAUCUGCAUUCUUGGGCUGAUUCUGUUUUCCUUGCUUAUUGGCAACAUGCAGGAAUAUUUGCAGUCUAUCACAGUUAGAGUAGAAGGGAUGAGGUUGAGAAGGCGGGAUGCAGAACAGUGGAUGUCUCACCGCAUGCUUCCUGACAACCUUAGAGAGCGCAUUCGAAGAUAUGAGCAGUACAAAUGGCAACAAACUAGAGGCGUUGAUGAAGAUUAUCUAAUUUGUAACCUUCCCAAAGACUUGAGGAGAGACGUAAAGCGCCAUCUCUGCUGGUCUUUGCUCAAAAGAGUACCCAUGUUUGAGAAAAUGGAUGAACAGUUACUGGAUGCAUUGUGUGAUCGACUGAAACCAGCUCUUUUCACAGAGAAUAGCUUCAUAAUUCGAGAAGGAGAUCCAGUGAAUGAGAUGCUUUUUCUGAUGAGAGGUACUUUGUUGACUAUAACUACCAAUGGCGGAAGAACUGGCUUCUUCAACUCUGCAUCUCUCACGGCUGGUGAUUUCUGUGGAGAGGAGCUUCUUACAUGGGCUUUGGAUCCCCAUGCUUCCUCGACUCUUCCAGCCUCAACUAGAACAGUGCAAGCUGUUAUAGAUGUUGAAGCUUUUGCUCUCACAGCUGAUGAUCUCAAGUUUGUUGCCGCCCAAUUUAGACACCUUCAUAGUAAGCAGAUUCGGCAUGCUUUUAGGUUCUAUUCACAGCACUGGAGGACAUGGGCAGCAUGUUUUAUACAAGCAGCAUGGCGCAGACACUACAGGAACAAGCUUGAGAAAUCUUUGAGAGAGGAAGAAGAUAGACUGCAGGCUGCAUUGGAAAAUGAGACUGCAAAUAUACCAAGUCUUGGGGCUACCAUUUAUGCAUCAAGGUUUGCUGCCAACGCAUUGCGUGUCUUGCGGCGCAACCACCUAAAGGGUUCCAAAUCAUCUAGCAGAGUAAGUCCCUUACUGCUUCAGAAGCCAGCUGAACCUGAUUUUAGCUCCUAAAGCUAGAAUUAGGAAUAUUGGAAAGAGGCUCAUCUAAGACCUGGCUGUUGCAGUUUGGUUUUACUGUUAGUUAUUCAGAUAGAAGAGUCUGCUGUAUCUCUGUAAGAUUAGAAUCCCUGAAUAUAACUGGCAUUUUACCCCUGCCUUGUAAAUUGUAGUAUUCUACUAAACUAUGGGUUUCAAUAGAUGUUGGCUAUUUUACA